AUGUCUCACCAGAAGAAAAGGAGCAACCAAAACUCUAUCAAUAGAGGAAAGCAAGAGAUGGCGUCCAAAGUAGGAACUAGAUCAAUUGCUCAAAUCGCUUACGAUCUGCGAGACCUAGAAACUGGUGAAUGGCCUACUGCUAUGCAAGUUUGGAGGGCUACAUAUCAAAAGGCUGAUGGGACAUGGUCCAUUCAAACGGGUGAAGAAAUAAUGACCAAACUACAUGAAGCUGCUGGGAUACAUCAAGAAAAGAUUUCUUCUGCGCCCGUGCUAAUAGUGGAGCACUUCGCACUAGUUCUUGGUCGAAAGCCAAACCAUUCACGUGGUGUUGGCAUUCAUGCUGUAAACCGAUUGGCUGAGGAAAGAAUCAGAUUGCAGGCGCAAAUUGAGGCUUCUGAACAGCGUGAAGCUGCAGCUCAAGCAUGUGCAGAUGCUGUUGAGCAACGUGCUGAGGCUGCUGAGCAACGAGCACAAGCUUUGGAAAGCCAAGUUUCCACGGUGGUUGAAACAAAUGCACAACUGCAAGAAGAGCAACAAUCCCAACAUGAUAAGUUGAGUUCUUUGCGUCAAGCACAGAGUGGAGAAGUUGCUCGCCUAGUGAGAGAAGAACUUGAUCAUCAAAUGGCUGAAUUAAUUGCAUGCAUUGGUGCCUCGCAACCUCCAACAUCUUAG